AUGCUGCUUCUACCGAUCUUUUCACAUCUAUUGCCAGUGCUGGCGAUACUAACGCUCGCGCUGGCUACAACGGAAGAUUUUUACAAGAUCUUAGGUCUGGACAAGUCUUGCGACGACCGAGACCUAAAACGAGCAUAUCGCACCCUCUCGAAGAAGUUCCACCCCGAUAAAGCCUCUGGAGACGAGAAGAAAUUCCUCGAGGUCGCCGAAGCCUACGAGACUCUGUCAGAACCGACCACUCGCAAAAUCUACGAUCAGUACGGCCACGACGGACUCAGUCAGCAUAAGAAUGGCGGUCGACAGCAAGCCCACGAUCCCUUUGAUCUAUUCUCCCGCUUCUUUGGCGGCAGCGGUCACUUUGGCGGCGGAAGCGGUGUUCGGCGCGGUCCAGACAUGGACGUGCGGUUGAAUGUGCCCCUUGCAUCGUUCUACACCGGCCACGACACCGAAUUCACGAUCGAGAAGCAAGGCGUCUGCGAUGAAUGCGACGGCUCCGGCUCUGCCGACGGCCAGGUUGAAACGUGCUCGAAGUGCAGUGGUCGUGGUGCAAUCGUUCAAAAGCACAUGCUGGCGCCGGGCAUCUUCCAGCAAGUACAGAUGCAAUGCGACCAAUGCGGCGGCCAGGGCAAGAGUAUCAAGCACAAAUGCAAAGUCUGCGGCGGAUCCAAGGUUGUACGAAGGCAGACUACCUUGACGGCCACUAUCGAAAAGGGCAUGCCCAAAGGCAGCAAGAUCGUUUUCGAGAGCGAAGCAGACGAGCACCCAGAUUACGUUGCGGGCAAUCUAAACGUGCACGUCUUCGAAGGCGAGCCACAACUGACCGAGGACGAAGGUCACAGAAACGACGGGACCUUCUUCCGACGAAAAGAGCAGGACCUGUACUGGAAGGAAGUGCUGAGUCUGCGAGAGGCGUGGAUGGGCGAGUGGACGCGCAACAUCACGCACCUCGACGGCCACGUCGUUCAGCUGUCGCGCAAAAGGGGAGAAGUCGUCCAGCCCAAUCAGGUCGACACAAUCAGAGGCGAGGGCAUGCCGACCUACCACGAGGGCCACACGCACGAACACGACCACGACGCCGAGGAGUUUGGCAAGCUGUACGUCGAAUACGUCAUUGUACUACCAGACCAGAUGGAAAGCGGCAUGGAGAAGGAGUUUUUUGCUCUAUGGGAGAAAUGGCGCAAGAAGUCCGGCGUCGAUCUACACCAGGACAGUGGUCGGCCAGCUGUUGCUAUUCCGGUCAAGGAUGAGUUAUAG